AAGAGCAAGUGACCUGUGAAAUAUGUCGGGCAGAAAUGUGUGAACAUUUUACAUCGAUAAUCAGAAGGUACCUUUUGUGUAUUCCCUGUUGAAUUCAUAUCUAACAGUUGGUUUUAAGCUGAAAAAAACCGUUAAUCAAAGCGGGGUUUUUAAAAUUGAAACGACAGCCGACUCGGGCAAAUAAUUAGUCAUGGCGUCUGGAAAGCCGAACUUUGUACUUUUCGCUUUGAAUUCAAAUAAAGAUCUGGCCUCGAAAAUCGCAAGUCGUCUGGAAAUUCCACUUGCGGAUAUUCAUCUUGGACAGGAACCAGAUAACAGAGAAACAAGAGUCGACAUAAGCACGUCUGUUCGUGGUAAAGAUGUUUUCAUAUUACAGUCCGGUUCGGCUGAGAACAUGAGUGUGAAUGAUGCGCUGAUGGAACUAUUAAUUACAUGCUAUGCAUGUAAGACGUCCUCUGCAAACAAGAUUAUUGGGGUCGUCCCGUACCUACCUUACUCGAAGCAAAGCAAAAUGAGAAAUCGAGGUUCAAUUCCAUCACGGCUGGUCGCUGACUUGUUAUGUGGAGCAGGACUUACAGGGUUAAUAACUAUGGACUUGCAUUCCAAGGAAAUUCAGGGAUUUUUUAAAUGUCCAGUGGACAAUCUGCGAGCCUCCCCAUUCAUUGUGCAAUAUAUUCAAGAGAUCCCAGACUACAGAAAUGCAGUGAUUGUUUCAAAGAAUCCUCAAGCAGCAUCACGAGCAACAUCUUUCGCUGAACGUCUUCAUCUUGGUCUAGCUGUCAUUCAUGGCGUUAGACAAGAGGCAGAGAGUGAGAUAUGUGAUGGCCGAACUUCACCUCCACCUGCACAGAAGAAAACCUUCGCUUAUCCAUUACCUGGGAACAUAGCUGGUAUAGGAUUGUUACCGAAGGAAAAACCUCCCAUGAAUGUUGUUGGGGAUGUUGGCGGGAAAAUCGCCAUAAUUAUAGACGAUAUUAUCGACAGCAUCGAGCCGUUUGCUGAUGCGGCCGCCAUUUUGAAGGAAAGGGGUUCUUAUAAAGUAUACGUGAUGGUAACGCAUGGCAUCUUGUCUGGCGAUUGUGUCAGAUUGAUCGAGGAUUCCCAUAUAGACGAGAUCGUUGUGACAAACACAGUUGAACACGAGGCAAAGAAGGUGCAAUGCAGUAAAAUAAGGACAAUCGAUGUUAGUCAGUUACUAGCAGAGGCGGUCAGACGUAUUCACAACGGAGAAUCGAUGUCCUACCUGUUCCGAAAUGUUCCAUUACAGGACUAAGAUUACAUUAAGAUACGAUUCUUACCUAUUUCUGAUGCAAUGAGCAGCCGUGAGUACCCACGAGGGGUGUAUAAGUGCCCCAGAGCAAAGGAACGUCCGUCGGUAUCCAUAGAGCAAAAGCGCCUACCGUUGGGGAGAGAGAAGGGUGAUUAUUGUACGAACCAUGGUUGGUGAGUUUUUUCCUGUUGUGUGAUCAAGUUGUGUGCACAGAUUAGAAGAGAUUAGAUGAAAACUCUGAAGUAGACGAGCGUAUUGUCGCAGCCUAGGGUUACUCACGACUUCAUUCGAAAGCAAAUGAAGAUGGGAUAAACGAAAUGGUCACACGGGUUUUCGAUCGAAAACUCAGCGAAAAAAGUAAAAAUCAACGAUAAAUCAUAUUCAUAAAAACCGAGAAAAUACUAAAUAAAAAUAGAAUAUUUAUAGUGAAAUUAUAAUACAUCAUGGGUGGGUUUAAAUAAAGCAGUGAUGAACGCGCCUUUUUAAUUAAUAUGAUACGAUUUCUUCGCCGGCGAGGGUAAAUGUGGAUAUAACAGGAUACGAGAUGCAGUAUAAUCGAUGAAUGGGUAAAAACGCGCGAAGGAAAAAUGAAAUAAAAUUCGGUGAUU